AUGCUGUUCUGUGGUGAUUGCAUACUGGGCGAAGGUUCGACGGUAUUUGAGGAUCUCGGCGAUUAUAUGAAGUCACUGAAAAAACUGCUCCCGCUUGAAUGCAAAGUCAUUUGCCCCGGGCACGGUCCCCUGGUUACUGACCCGAAAGCCAAAAUCGAGGAGUAUAUCAAACAUCGCGAACUGAGAGACGAGCAAAUUUUGAGUUGUCUCCGAGAGGUAACGUUCAAAAGA